UUCAGAUAAGUCAUGAAAAUAGUGAGAUAAAAGUGCUAAUGGAUUUUAGUUUCCAGCUGAACUUGGCGUUUUGCACUUAGAAUGGAUUAGUGCGCGUGGUCAAAUCGACUGAGGCAAGAUUAAAACAAUCUUUACUAGAACCUGCCAAGCUUCUUCAGCAUUUUUAAUUCUUCGUUCUCGAGUCAUCUGGGACAAAAAAGAUUACUUACUUGACUGGAAGGUAAAUAAGAAGCUAUUUUUUAAAGCUUUUCUGAAUUCGAGUUUAGAUUAAAAGCUCUAGUUUAUUACAUUUAUUACUUGCGAACUAAACUCCUUGAAGCCCCAAUUUCCAUUCAUUGGUACAGUUUGGGCUGGGAACGACAACAGAAUCAUGACAACAAAAAAGACAUUAUAUUUCUUCUUCGUGGUUUGCGUCGUGUCGUUUGCAAUGUGUGCAGAUGUGAAAUCGAGAAGUGACAACGAGCAGCCUCUGAACAUCGGGCUGAUGUUGCACUACGACAAUGUGAAGAAGCCACAGGCGAUUGUGGAUAGUAUCCUGACCAAAAUGGACACCCGCAUCAGUGCUGCCGCCAACGAUAUAUACGUCAAAAUUUCAACCCAUAUACUCAAAAUGAGUGACAAUUCGAUCUCUAAUGUCCUAUCCCUCUGUGAACAACUGAUCCAGCCAGAGAGACCGAUCCACGCUCUGAUUGUGAGUCAUCCUCCGGAGAAGCCACUGGAAGCACCAGAGGCACUCAGCUACGCCUGUGAGUUCUACAAAAUACCCAUCAUAUCAGUCUCCACACAGGACCCAGUCUACUCUGAGAAGGCGCUGCACUCGACGUUCCUGAGGACAGUGUCUCCGGAUGUGGAUCAAUCGAGAGUGUGGGCGGAUUUGUUGCAUGAUCCCAUGUUCAGAUACUCGAAAGUGGUGCUGGUGUAUCCCAACACUUACGCCGGAGAGAGACUGUACGAGACAGUUGUGGACAGCUUCGAGAAAGUGUUCAUCAAUGUCUCGCGCAGGGUGAACUACUCACCCGGUCUGAGCAAGUCUCAAGCGGAGACACUUCUCAGAGGGCUAAACACUCCCUUAAGAGUGUUCCUCUUCUACGGAAGCAAAGAGGAUGCGGGGGUGAUAUUCAGCGCAGCUCUGGAUGUGGGCAUGUUAGACCGGGGAUAUUUCUGGCUAGUGUCCCAAUCGGCCGCGGCAGUCGCUCCAGUUGGAUCAAUGUUUGUGCAACUUAAACGAGGCAAUGACGUGGAGUGGCACCUGGAAAGAGCAAUCAGGUCCAUAUAUGGGGGACUGCUGCACUUCCUCAAAAGGACAGAUAGAAUUGAUCCCCUGGACAGGCUAGACCCACUCACCACUUGCAACAGCAGAGGAUGGCCAGAUGGGCAUGCAUAUUUCAAAAGCAUCAGGGACCAGAGCAUGGACCAGAUGAUGCAGUACACAGUAAAUGGGGAUCCCAACUAUGCAGAAUACGACAUUUUUGUCAAACAGUCACCAGUAUUCUACCAGCAGAUAGGCUCAUGGAAACAAGGUGUGGGCGGGAAGGACUCACAGAUCUAUGUGAACGAGAAGCUGAUUCAGAGUGAGACUAUUUCGUGGAUCGGAGGGGGCAGCCAACUGCCGGAGGGAGUGACGAUAGAUGGGAACCUGAAGAUUGUGACGGUGCAGGACAGGCCCUUCGUCUUCGUUACUGACAUGUCACAGGCCACUGGAGGAAAGUGUAAUAAUGUCACCCAUACUGUCUGCAUCGAGUAUGAGUCAGCGGAGAAAGAUGCUUAUGUGGAGAAGUGCUGCUAUGGCUACUGUAUCCAGUUACUCCAAGCUGUGUCCUCGGCCCUCAAUUUCUCAUACUCUCUCUACCUCUCGCCAGACGGAAAGUUCGGAAACUACAGAAUCGCGACAGGGAAUGAUGCGAAGAGUCAGCGAGUGUGGAAUGGGGCUAUAGGGGAGUUGAUCAAACAGGAGGCAGACGCAGUGUUCGCAGCCAUGACCAUAGACCACGACAGAUCCAAUGUGGUGGACUUCACCAAUCCAUUCAAACCACAGGGACUGUCCAUAGCUGUCAAAAGGCAAAAACCGACUAGCAGUUUGUCCUCUUUUGUCCAGCCAUUCCAUUACAGCCUUUGGAUCCUCAUCUUCAUCUCAGUACACAUUGUCGCAUUCAUUCUCUACCUAUUAGACAGAUUCUCUCCCUUCGCCCGAAACAGAACAGACCCUCUCUCCAAGAGCAUCGGGGGAUCAACCAGCUCCCUGAACCCAGAUGACGAAGAUGGAGACGAGGCACUUAAUCUCUCAUCUGCACUUUGGUUCGCGUAUGGCGUACUCCUCAACAGCGGAAUCGGCGGCACACCUCGAAGUUUUGCUGCUAGGGUCCUAGGAAUGGUGUGGGCUGGGUUUGCUAUGAUAAUUGUGGCCUCUUACACAGCAAAUUUGGCCGCCUAUCUUGUGUUGGAGAGACCAGAGAGUGAAAUUACUGGAAUCAAUGAUGCCAGGAUGCGCAAUCCGAGUGAGACGUAUCCAUAUGGGACUGUGUUAGACAGUGCAGUGGAGAACUACUUCAGACGGAAGGUGGAAAUGACCAACAUGUACCACUUCAUGCAGAACUACUCGCACCAGACCCAGAGCGACGCCCUCAACGCUCUCAAGACAGGACAACUGCAGGCUUUCAUUUGGGACAGUGCUCAACUGGACUACGAGACCUCGAGAGACUGUGACCUGAUGAUGGUCGGUGAUACUUUCCAGAAGAGUGGACUUGCAGUUGCGCUGCAGAAGGACAGUGCCUGGACAGAGAAGAUCUCCCUGGAGAUCCUGAAGAUGAGGGAGACGGGGGAGAUGGAACAGAUGGACAGAGAUUGGGUCAUUGUGAAUAGCUGCGAGAUGUCAGACAACAAACCAACUACUUUAGGUAUUGAUUCAAUGGCGGGUAUCUUCAUCACAGUGGCCAUUGGGGUGGUGUUGGGGGGAGUGUGUAUGGUAAUGGAGAGAGUGUACUACAGACACUUUGACGUGAGGGGUCAGUUUGUAAAUGAGCAGGAGGCGCAAGUGGCCAGGAGUGCAUUCGACAAAUGGAAGAUACACACCGAAGAGAAGCGUCGUCAGACUCCUGGUUUUUCGACAGACUUCAUGAACGGCCAUUCUGGUAACGUGAAAUGCGAUGCCAAUUGUCACUACCAGUUUGCAACUGACAAUGGCACCAACCGAAGACGGCCGUCGCAGGCUUCCCAGUCCUCCACUAAUAGGCAGGCGAGAUCGGGUUCAGCUGCUGGUACAGCUCCUAAUUAUUACAACAAUAAGCCCCCAACUCUCAAUGGAGGUGGGGGAGUUAUGAACUGGGCGAAACCAGAUGGCAAUGCUUCCUCUUCAUCGUCUUCGACCUCAAAAUAUCCUCCACCUCGUGUAGCGUCGCCAACAUCUGACCAUAAACCAAACUCUAUGGGAGGUGCCGGACCCCCUCCACCUCCACCGAAGACCUCGACGCUUGAUAGAAACCAUGCGCCAAACAGAGUGGUUCAGUUCAAGUCGACCAAAGUGGAGCUAACCGACCCGAAGCCAGGAGCGUAUGUCGAUGUCUGAAUUCAAAUAAAACAUUUUACAUAAAACUUAUUUUCCUUCCCGCGUUGUCUAGUUAAAUAAUUGUAAAAUGCUUUCAUUUUUGCACAUCACUUGAAUGAAAAGGAUGAGUGUCCCUCGAUUCAAGUCUCGGCAUUUCUGUCAUAAUGUCAAAAUCAACAAUUUUUAGUUAACAAAAAAGAUUGCGUGCAAAAACGUGACGCAAUUCAGCGCAAGUGGUAAUUUAAGUUUUAAUAUUAUUCUAAUUUAUAAAAUUAACUGCCAAUGUUAAUAUGUUUAAUUCCUUGGUAUUAGUUCAAAAAGACGCAUGUUUGCACAAAAUUAUGUUUGAAGUUCAUCUGCAGUGUAAAUAUAGAUUUAAAAAAAAAACAUUAUACACCAUAUUUCCUGUUUAC